GAUUCUUUCUCAGAAUCAAGCUGGAGAUUCUUCUGUUCUAUGCCAACAGUUGUUGUUUUUUAUCUGAAAUUCUCAGUUACUGGCAGACAAGUUUCGUCUCAAGAGUUUCUCUACACAAGUGAUGCACAAGCAGCAGUGUUGAAUACAAGUUGGGAAUCCCGUCGUGGAAGUCAGUCAAGCUCGAGUUCUACUUUUCAUGAAAUACGUUUGCAGAAAUAUGAAGACGAAACUUGGGAAUCGGGAAUACAAGGCCUUCAAUAUAUAACACCAGAAGAUCAUGACGUCGGCACUUAUUCACCUAUCGUGGGAUUCUCCUGGAAUAUGGGUCUGGACUCAUCAUUUCUAUUGGAUUCUACAAGUAAGAGAAUUUCGUUCCAUUCGGAGAGUGAAGAUAAGCAAGAAUUCAAGAAUACAAAUGUAAUGCAGUCGAAACCAUCUGUUGGUUUCUCAACGACAAGUAUGGAUGAAACAUUAUCAGAAGAUAUUUAUUUUCAUCAGGAAGCUACACGAUGUAAAAAGAAACCCCUUUGUACUUCUUCCUCAAUGACUAGACGACCCCUGAAACGUAACAUUCCCCUUGGAACAAAGAAAUGUAGUCAAUGUCAAACUCAUAUUCCAGCUGCUAUUGCUACUUGUACUUAUUGUGGAUAUUCUUUUCGGAUCAAAAAAGAGUUGAAAAAGUCGUCAAGUGGAGAGAGAGGAAAGAAGGUAAGAAUGGUUUGCCAUACUAGUACAUAUCAUAAGUUGCUAUUCUUUUUUGUUGUUCCAGUUGUGUCCCAAUUGUCAAGACAAGUUGCCAGCUGCUAAAGCAACUUGUCCCACGUGUAACUAUAUAUUUCGCAAAAAAAUCAUCAUGAAAACCAACAAGUAGUGAAAUAGUCACUUUGGAAAGCUAGUCUAUUUGAUACGAGUUAGACUGUUUCCUAUAAGACUUUUAUAAAUUGUGCGCUCAGAGCCUUUCAAGUUGCUGCACAAGUUCUUUUCUCUCGGAAUACUUUAACAGAAACUUUUUACACGCUCGUAAAGUUCCUCCCACGUGUACAACUGUAAAGUCAAUCUUUCCGUAAAAUAAUUUUGCAGGCAAUAUAGCGAGGCAUCCCAAAAGAGGUUUGAGUUGAGAACGGCUUACUCUUAGAAUGGCAAAGCUACCUAAAGAACUCCAAUACUUUACCGCUAAACUGAAAAGAAUCUUCCCAUAAAUAACAUCCCCGAAGAACUCUUGUAUAGUAUCUCUGACAGCUUGCACAAAAUAUUUACUCGUUGGGAACGUAGUUUCUAAAGUUUCAGACUUUGUAUAAAACUCGAUGACAAGAUAUCGAUUCUUCAAUCGUACCAUUUCUUGUCUCUUUCACAAUAAAAUUCCAUUG